CGAAUUGUAUUUUUGUUCCUGUGUCAAAAAGACUGCUAGCUGAUAACAGGCUACACUAGCCGUCUGUGGCAGUUAGCUAUCGAGCAAACCAACUUUAUCAGACGAAAUUGACAACACAUUGGACUUUAAAACGUUUAGACAGCACAUUUCGUCUGAGGACAACAUCGGAUAGCAGUUUCACAAGGGAAAGCUCUGAGGAUAGCCAGAUAUCUACAUUUCUCAGCAAGCCCACCGUUAGCCUAGCCUGCUUUGGUAACAACACUAGCAAGCCGACCGACGUUACAGUUAGAAAUUGGUUUUGAUAAUUUGUAUAUUCUUUAAACGUCUUCAUAUAUUUUGCGAUCGUGAUUGGUGGCAACUUUUAGAUUCGUUAUCGGUGGUUUCCGUCGGUCUCCUUGUAGAUCACCGGAUCAUCCUCCUCGGCCGGUUGGGUAGCAGUUAGCCAAGUUUUCUCAUUUGAGACAAAUUUGCUGGCUAUUAAUAAAACCCUACACCGCUGAAAAUGAAUUCAAACGUGGAGAACUUGCCGCCUCAAGUGUUGAGACUCGUCUAUAAAGAGGUUUCUGCCUUGGCAGCAGACCCUCCAGAGGGGAUCAAAAUCUACCCCAGUGAAGAGGAUAUCACAGAGCUACACACUGCCAUUGAGGGCCCAGAAGGAACUCCGUAUGCAGGAGGGGUCUUCCGGAUGCGUUUGGUCCUUGGGAAGGAUUUUCCUGCAGCACCUCCCAGAGGCUAUUUCCUCACAAAGAUUUUCCAUCCUAAUGUUGGGCACAAGGGUGAGAUCUGUGUCAAUGUACUGAAAAGAGACUGGAAGGCAGAGCUGGGCCUGAGACAUGUAUUGCUAACCAUCAAGUGCCUUCUGAUCCAUCCUAACCCAGAGUCGGCUCUGAAUGAAGAGGCUGGGAGGUUACUUUUAGAGGACUAUAAGGAGUAUGCAUCCCGUGCUCACCUUCUGACAGAGAUCCAUGCUAUGGGAGGCACAUCUGGGGCCCCUCAGGAGCCCGCUGAUGGACCCCAACCCAAGAAGCAUGCGGGAGACCCAAACAAACGCGUAGCCGGAGCUGGUUUGUCAGCAAAUGGUGUGGGCACCAACAAUUUAAGUAACAGCAGCUCCAGUGGAACAAGUAGUAGCAAUACUAAUAUAGUUGCAAAAAAGAAAACAGAUAAAAAACGAGCUCUGAGGCGGCUAUAAAAAAGAAUGAAUCUGUGCUUUUUUGUGUACAUAUAAAUAUUGAAGUGUGCAGACCACCUUUUCUCCUCCUUAAACUGUCUUUUACCAUUUUUAGGAUAGCACAUUCGUUUUGUCAUGCUCCUGCAAGAUCACUCCUCUCGUUUUUGUUCCUCUUGUCUCUUUCAACUUACUCUCAGGACUUGAACUGUCCUUGCGACAAUUCUCUCUUUGUUUCAUUCACACAAGGGUUUUCAUCUGUGUUUCAGAAGUUUUACGAUUGUUUAGAGUAUGGAAACAGUAGUAAAAGUUUUGACAAAGUUCAUUCGUGGCCUCUAGAGUUAUAUCAUGACCAUAAGCAAGAUUUUGGUGUGUACUGUCAGCACAGAAUUUAUAAUAUAUUUAGAUUGUGAUGGGACAGUUACUGUAAUUCUGUCCUAUUGUAGAUGGACUGAACCUGUUAUGUUUUCAGGAGUUUUAUGAAGAAUAGUUAUUGCACAGGAUAUGAUCGUUGUGUGUUUGUGGUGAAAGAGAUGCAAGAUCAGGAAUAACAGAGGACUGUCAAAAUGUGGUCUGAAUAUUGCUCAUAUGAAUAUUACUUUUGUUUGUUUGUUUGAGUGCAUAUUUGUGUGGUAUUAUUUUUGUUUCCUGUUUUUACUAAAUUUGUCUGUUCGUUUCUAUUUUAUAGUUCACUUUUCAAAAGGCCUUUUUUCCAUUUUUAAAUGAACAGCUACAUUUACCUGAUUUACACUGAUGCUUGAGAUCGAGUCCUUGAAGCCUUAAGACCAGUUGGGGUAGAGCGAUGGAGCUAUUAAUUAAUCAUGAAAUAUGAGCCAGAAGUGGUGUUCGCUCUCAUCUUUGAAAUAGAGUACUUUGGUUAUACUUUUCAGUAAGAACAUUUACCCCUUUUUAUAUGACCACAGCUGCAAUUUUCUCUGGCUCUACUGGUCUCUCAAUCAAAAGGCUGUUGAGGAGUCUUCUCUGGUUGUCUGUUGUUGCCCAUUGUUACACUAUAUGGGGCCUUCAGUUCCCAAAGAUCCUCUAACAAAGUGGUAUGAACUUUGGACAAGAUGUGUUUGCAGAAACAGUUUGCCCUUAUUUAAAAGUUUGUGGAUAAACAACAGGGCAUUUUGUGGCCAUUUAAGUUAUUUAAAUUAAUAAGAAAUAAAGAAAUUUUAGGGAGCAAUUUGAUUGUUUCUGU